AUGUCUGCUCCAUCUUCCUCAGGGUCUCUAGAGCGAGGUAGAGCCUGCUUGAGAUGUCGCCGGAGAAAAGUGCGCUGUGAUGGGGGCCAACCUGCGUGUGGACAAUGCAUGCGUGCCAACAAGAUAGACGAAUGUGAAUACACAUUCGGUGCUGGACUUACGGCGACUCAGCUACUGGAGCAGGAAGUAGUCCGCCUGGAAAGUUGCAUUGCGGAACUCCAGAACCGUAGUUUUGUGAUCACACUGCGUAAUCCCUAUGAACAGGGAGAAUCUGGAUCCGUACCGACUCAGACGCCUCUCAGUCCCAAUCAAUUAAUAGUGGAUUUCUCUCUUGAACUUCCGGCAAAUAUGACGGAAGUUGUGUUAAACUCCUUUCUGGAGCACGCUUCACAAGUUGGCUUUUUCCUGAAUAUUCAGCGACUACUCAAUUUAAUAAACUCUGGACCUGCUAGUCGAGAGAGGGCUCAUCCUCGCAUCCCCUCCGUGUUGCUAAACGCCAUCUACCUUUUAGGCCUCGACUUUCGCCGCGAUGCUCAUCUAGAACCGUUCCGACUACGCCUGCUCUCGUAUACACUGCAGCAACUUCCCUCCGCUGUCUCUAAUGCACGAUCUUUGACCAUGUCAUAUGUGCUCCAAGCCGAAAUUCUCCUUUCCUACUAUUUCUUUGAUCAUAAUCGUGGCCUAGAGGGUGCUUACCACUCAAAUGCAGCGAUUGCCAUGGUCUUGGCUUGGAAAUUGCACUUGAUAAGGAGUCCACAGAACACAAUAACCGCAUCGGUCGCCCUCGGACAGGCCAAUCUUCUUCCUCCAUCGGACAAAGUCGAGGAGGGUGAAAGGAUCAACGCUUUCUGGGCAGUCUUUGUUCUUGACAAAUGCUGGUCUGUUGCUCUGGGUGUGCCCUCAGGGUUUGCAGACGAUGGAUCUACGGGCACACAGAUCGACACCCCGUGGCCAAUGACGAACUACGCGGCUCUACCUGCAAAUUUUCAAAGCAUGCGUACCGUACAGACUUUCAUGCAAAAUAUCCCCGCUCGUUUGGGCUCGGAGCAGAGCAUCCAUGCAGCGCAGGCGAAAGCUUCGCUUCUGUUUGAAAGGGCUGCGCGCCUGGCUUCUCAGUGGGAGUUAAAUAAUACCAGCAUUCAGGCGAGCUUGCUCUUUCUCGACAACUGCAUUGAGCGAUUCAAAGCGACGUUGCCAGCGAUGGACGGCAUUUACUCGGCGCGGCCAGACAUUAUUCGUAAUCUGUUGAUGGUCCAUACUCUCGCCCAUUGCGCCACAAUCCAGCUGCACACACCCGCUGCCCAAGCAUCAGUCGCUUCGAGUGACAUAACUCUGACUGCGGCCGAGGCUGCUAUCAGAGCACUGCAAGGGGUGAAUACUGAUGCGAUAGAGUUUAUCACACCGAUCAUGCCUGUUCUGUGGACCAUGGUCGCUCAGGUGAUAUCGCGAAGGAUUGUCAGGAGUAGAGGAUCGGACCGGGCGUCCCCAUCCGCUGUUCCUGGCCCUGCUGUUCCUGGCCCUGAUCAAGCAUCCCUACUUGCCUCGUUUGACCGCAUCCUGGUUGCGAUGCAGAGGUGGAGCAACACCUCCCCUCUGAUGAAACAUCAGCAGACAGUCCUCCAUCAGGCUCGUGCUCGGGUCUGA